GUGCAAGCCAGCGUACAGGAAAUCAGUGGCGCUAACAAAUUGCGUCUGCAGGGCCUGGAUUGUGUGGUGCUUGGGUUAUUGAGCCUGACACAAAUAUCGUGGUCGGCAUCGUUGUGGCCCACAGCAAGACUUCCCCGUUGACCUGGAUGUUGCCGGCAUCUGCAAUCUUUGCUGACAUACAACACCGCUGGGAGACGUAUGGUUUCAGUAUCCAUGGAAUGCCUCACGUUUCGCAAUUUCCUCAAGGGACUCUCCGACGAGCACCCGAUCCAGACUCGAAUGAGCAGCCAUUACGCCACAAAGCUCACGAGAUGACCCCGAGCCGCAUUGACGCUCUGAGAGCGAGACAACGCGCUCUCAGAGAAAGACUUGAACAACUCACGCCGAGUGUUUUGGCAAGUCUUUCAAAAGGGUGGCCCACGGGAUCCAGCCUGUCCACAAGACCUUCACUUGGACAUGGACAUAAGCAGACUUUCCCAUCGCUCAAUACUGCAAACAUGCCUUCUGCCAGCCAAGGAAAGGAUCAAGACGAAAGGUUGAGUACUGCAUCCACGUUGGUGCACACCACUAAGCCUCAAGAGAUCCGAGCAAAGGAUCAGGACGACAGUUUAAGUACUGCAUCUACGUUGGCGCGCACCACUAAGCCUAGAGAGAUCCGAGCAAAGGAUCAGGACCACAGUUUGAGUACCGCAUCCACGUUGGCGUCCACCACUAAGUGUUGGGACAUCCGAGGGAAAGAACAAGACGAAAGAUUAAGUACUACAUCCACGCUGGGACCUAUCAUCCACUAUUCUGGAGAAUAUUGUAAGAACGCACACGAGCUUCGGGAUCCUUACAAGAAGGGUCUCCGAUGGGAAUUCUUUGAAGGGACACUGGGGAGAGCUGUGGGCUACAAGUGCGCCAGCCCUAAGUGCCAUUUCAAAGAUCAAGCCAUCUGGAAGAACAAAGGGUGGGAAAUAGAUGACGGGAUACGCGUACACCCGGUCAGCCUUCGAUAUCGAUGGCUAUUUCUUGCAAAGUCGCAUAUACAUCAGCAAGCUAUGGGACUGUCAUCGUUUCGCUGUCUUAUCUGCACAAUGUUUGGAGAUAACUCAGGACCGUUCAGAAGAGCUGAGCCUCUUCUAUUCCAUGUCGCUGAGCAUAAAGGUGGCUUUCUCGGCGAGACAAAGCUAGAGGGACGAUUAAUCUUUUCGAAUGAAGGCGCGAAACCUGCCGCUGCCGCAGAUUUUGAUCUUGACCUUUCGAAUGACAUGAAUCUUUUGGAGGAAAAUCUUAUAAAGCCCAAGGACAUCAAUUUUUCGAGGGACGUCUCGGAGGACAUUGAUCCUUCGCAGAUGGAACAACAAGCUUCAACGCCUCAAUCUCCACUUCCGGAAACUACCACCCACGAAGAAGAUUGGAUUGACAAUCAGUGGGCGACUUAAGCUUGGACGCAGACGAAGAUCGAGCCAGUCAAGGAGAAGUACACUUC